AUGUCAGGGGUCCUUAACACUGGGGCGGAGCGCUGGCGCGCCGACUUCCAGCUCCGCCCGGUACCCAGCGGUUUCGCGCCCCAAGAGCGAGAAUACCAGCAGGCCCUGUUGCUGGUGGCGGCCUUGGCAGGCCUGGGCUUGGGCCUGAGCCUCAUAUUCAUUGCUGUCUACCUCAUCCGCUUUUGCUGCUGCCGGCCCCCAGGGCCCCCCGGGGCCAAGAGCCCCCCACCCGGGGGAGGCUGUGUCACCUGGAGCUGCAUUGCUGCCCUUCUCGUCGGCUGCGCCGGCAUUGGCAUCGGUUUCUAUGGCAACAGCGAGACCAGUGACGGGGUGUCCCAGCUCAGCUCAGCACUGCUGCAUGCCAACCAUACGCUCAGCGCCAUUGACCACCUGGUGCUGGAGACGGUGGAGAGGCUGGGUGAGGCCGUGAGGGCAGAGCUGACCACUCUGGAGGAGGUGCUUGGUCAGCGCACGGAGCUGGUGGCUGCUGCCCGGGGGGCUCGGCGGCAGGCGGAGGCGGUGGCCCAGCAGCUCCAGGAGCUGGCCUUCUGGCGGGGAGUGCCCUUGAGCCCCCUGCAAGUGGCCGAAGAUGUGUCCUUCGUGGAGGAGUACAGGUGGCUGGCCUAUGUCCUCCUGCUGCUCCUGGAGCUGCUGGUCUGUCUCUUCACCCUCCUGGGCCUGGCAAAGCAGAGCAAGUGGCUGGUGAUAGUGAUGACUGUCAUGAGUCUCCUGGUUCUUAUCCUGAGCUGGGGCUCCAUGGGCCUGGAGGCAGCCACAGCUGUGGGCCUCAGCGACUUCUGCUCCAGUCCUGACACCUACAUCCUGAACCUGACCCAGGAGGAGACUGGUCUCAGCUCAGACAUCCUGAACUAUUACUUCCUCUGCAAUCAGGCAGUCUCCGACCCCUUUCAACAGAGGCUGACUCUGUCGCAGCGAGCUCUGGCCAGUAUCCACUCCCAGCUGCAGGGCCUCGAGCGGGAAGCUGUCCCCCAGUUCCCUUCUGCGCAGAAGCCCCUGUUGUCCUUGGAGGAGACGCUGAAUGUGACAGAGGGAAACUUCCACCAGCUGGUGGCGCUGCUGCACUGUCGCGGCCUACACAAGGAUUAUGGCGCUGCCCUGCGGGGCCUGUGCGAGGACGCCCUGGAAGGCCUGCUGUUCCUGCUGCUCUUCUCCCUCCUGUCUGCGGGGGCUGUAGCCACCGCCCUCUGCAGCCUGCCCCGCGCCUGGGCUCUCUUCCCGCCCAGUGACGACUAUGAUGACACAGACGAUGACGACCCUUUCAACCCUCAGGAAUCCAAGCGCUUCGUGCAGUGGCAGUCAUCUAUCUGAGCCUCUCCUCCAUGCCAGACUGGAGCCUGUGCCCCCACCCCGUUCCUUCCCUGGCUGCCGGAGAAGACCCCACUAACCCAACCUGACUGGGCUCUCACCUCUAACAGGACCUCUGGCCACGGACACCCACACGGGACUGCCUC